AUGAUUACUUAAGACAAAUUAAAUUUCCUCAACACACUACUAGAUUAAGAACUUUAACAAUUAACUAAAAGUUGUAAUUUAAGAGAUUUACACAAUAAAAUUUAAUCUCUUGAAUCUCAUAUACAACUAAAUAUUGAUAAAUAACUUGGUUCAUAAUAAUCAAUUAUUGAAAGAGCAUUUCCAACUUUAGGCAUUAAAGAUUCAGAUGAUGAUUUCACUCCAUUCAAAUAAACUUAAAGAAAAUCUACACCUAUAAAACCAACUUCUUCAAAACAUAAAAAAUAAUCAAUCCAAAACAAAAAUAGUUUAUAGAAAGGUUCAUUAGAAAAAAAUAAUGCAAAAGCUUUAACUAUUGAGAAACAAAAGAAUACAGAAUUGUAAUCUGAAGUUAAAUUAUUGACUAAAAAACUAACAAAAGCCUAGACAACAAUUACAUAAUUAAAAUAAGAGUUGUUAGAAAAUGAAAAAUAUAAAGAAAACUAUAUCAAAAGUGAAUCUAUUCGAUAACAAUAAAAAGAAUUGAUAUAAUGUUUAAAAAAGGAAAUAGAUCAACUCAAAAGAAAAUGA